GUCCUUUCGCUACGAGGAGAGCGACCUGGAGCGGGGAUACACGGUGUUUAAGAUAGAAGUGCUAAUGAAUGGAAGAAAACAUUUUGUUGAAAAAAGAUACAGCGAAUUUCAUGCCUUGCACAAAAAGCUGAAGAAAUGUAUAAAAACUCCAGAAAUCCCUUCUAAACAUGUUAGGAACUGGGUCCCAAAAGUCUUGGAACAACGGCGACAAGGUUUGGAAACAUAUUUACAGAUUUUCUACAGUGUGCUGGAGUAUACAUGUUGUAAAAAAUAGGAGACGCUAUGUUUAUUGGAUAGCACGCGUUCCAGUGAUCAGAGAGGCUGUCAUUUUGGAAAAUGAAGAACUUCCCAAACUGUUCCUUGAUUUCCUAAAUGUGCGACACUUGCCCUCUCUACCGAAGGCAGAGAGUUGUGGAUCUUUUGAUGAACCAGAAUCUGAAGAAUCAAGCAAACUGUCCCACCAGCCGGUUCUGCUGUUCCUCAGGGACCCAUACGUCUUGCCUGCAGCCAGCGAUUUUCCAAAUGUGGUUAUCGAAGGCGUCCUCCAUGGGAUAUUUUACCCUCAUCUCCAGCCCAGGUAGAGAUCCUACGUGGCCAGAGGAAGCUGAAGCAGGUUUCACGGAAUCGAUACCUACCAAAUUAACCUAAACUCCAUGACAUAACAGCUCUAGCUAGUGGUAAAAUUCACAGUCCCAGCUUAAUUCAGGGCAGGGACAUUUCCAUUAGAAUGGUGCUUUUAAAAAUAGAAACUGAACCAGGGCGGUGCUGAGGUUAAGGCCGAGGUUUGAGAAGUAGAAGGUAGCUGCCAAUUUUGCAACUGGUGAAAAGGAGGCUGUAGGAGAUCCCUGGGAGCAGCGGGCGUGACAAAACAGAAGUUACCCUCUGCCUCCUUUGCACCAUCUGCUAAUUGGACGUUAUUCUUAUCCUGAAUCACACUGAGACUGAUCUACUUUGGUAGCUUGGUUUUUUGUUUUGUUUUGUUUUGUUUUUUGUUCAGAUUUUAUGAGACACUAAUCUUUGCAUCAUGAGAUUUCUCUCGGUCAAUGAUAGAUUCGUUCUCAAGUGCCGGCAUUAUGAGAGCAUCACAGAAACACACUGUGCUGAAUGUGAGGACGGAACUAAACUGGAAAUUAAACUAUGCUGACAAUGCUAGGGCAUUUUUAAAAAUCUGGUCAUUUCUCUUCACACUGCAGUGGAGUUGCGUCAUACCUAGGGAUGAGCUUCUAGUGUCAGAACAUAAGAUAAAAGGCAGUAAGGAGAUUCUUCUUGACAGCCCUUUCAGAAGGUGCCAUACUGGAAAUGUGUGCAUCCAACACAAUCACUUUCCCUCCAGUGUUGGAAGAAAGGACUGUUUCUUCCAUUGAAGACCACUUGACGUUGUUGCUGUUUGUUUAUGGCAAUUUUGUAUAAAACCAUAUACCUUUCAACACUAGAAUCACACUUCGUCCUGCAAGAUGCUUGCCUUCUGAGACACAGAUGUGAACUGACUGUGCCUGAGGAGCCACUACAGUGGUAGCACCUGGAUUCCUCAAGGUCCUCUGACCCUUAUCAGGGUUUACUCAUUCAUUAAAUUGGUGGAAUUUUCAUGGGAUUUAUUGUUACUUUCUUUACUGUUUCCUUUUUUGCUGACCUCCUAGGUGGAAUUAAUGUAAGUUCAAUGAAUGAUCUCUAACUCCAUUGUACAUCUCACAGACAUUCAUAUUUUGAGUAGUAAAGGACAAAAGCAUAUAUGCAAACUUCAUGUAUGUGCUGUAUUUGGGCAUUUCAUUGAAGACUAAUUAAUAGGUAGCCUAUUUAUGGUUAUUAAUUUUACUAAGCUUUUGUGUGGGAUAAAAAUGUUUGGAUUCAAAACAGAUAACUAAAUCAUGGUUUUUGGUUAGGUUUAAAGCCUGCUGCAGACUUUGAGAGAUACAUUUAUGAUAGAUGUGUUACUUCGAGCUGAAAACGGGUGAGGACUAUGUAAUCAAAUGUCAUGAACCAAAAAUAACUGAAUAUUCACGUGGUAGAGAUAUUUUUUAAAUGUUUUGUUGUUAGCUAUUUUUGAGUUAAAUAAAAACAAAGGACAAGACA